GUAAUUUACCCCCCCUCCCCAAAAAAAAAUAGAGAAGAAGAAGAAGAAGGAGGAGAAGAAGAAACUCUGAAACAAAAAAAGGACGAGCAUGGCGGACACACUCGCUGCUUUGAGGUCUUUGAUGUCUUCUCACUCUCCACCUCUCGAUGCCUUAGUUGUCCCCUCCGAAGAUUAUCAUCAGAGUGAGUAUUUAUCUGAUAGGGAUAAAAGGCGUGAAUUUGUAUCUGGCUUCACCGGAAGUGCUGGUUUGGCACUUAUUACAAUGAAUGAAGCCCUGCUCUGGACCGAUGGGAGGUACUUCUUGCAGGCAGCACAGGAGCUAAGUGACCAGUGGAAGCUCAUGCGCAUGGGAGGAGACUCAACUGUGGAUGUCUGGAUGGCAGAUAAUCUUCCAAAAGAAGCGGCUGUUGGCAUUGAUCUUUGGUGUGUGUCAGUAGACACUGCACAGAAAUGGGAGUAUGCUUUUUGCAAAAAGCAACAGAAGUUGGUUCAAACAUCCACAAACUUGGUUGAUAAAGUUUGGAAAAACCAGCCACCAGUUGAAAUUAAUCCUGUAAAUGUCCAUCCUUUGGAAUUUGCAGGGCGUUCUGUUGCCAACAAGGUGAAGGAUCUGAGGGAAAAGCUCAAGCAGGAGGAAGCUCGUGCUAUUAUUAUCACUGCACUUGAUGAGGUUGCUUGGUUGUAUAAUGUACGCGGGAAUAAUGUUUCCUAUUAUCCAGUUGUUCACGCAUUUGCUAUAGUAACAUCCCUCUCGGCUUUCUUUUAUGUGGACGAGAGAAAGUUGUCUUCUGAGGUAAACUCUUACUUGAAGCAAAAUGGGAUCGAAGUACGAGACUAUGCUGUAGUGAGCUCAGAUGUGGUCUUGCUUGCAUCGAAUCAGCUCAGGUCUUCCUCUUCAGCUAAUGAAACUCCAUCUGAUGUCCCAAAGGACAUGGAAACAGAAAAUGGUACUAGUGAAGCAGAAGAUAAAAACCAUAACCUUAUCUGGAUUGACUCUGGUUCAUGCUGCUUUGCUUUGUAUUCAAAACUGAAUUCUGAUCAGGUUCUCCUGAAACAGUCACCUUUGGCCCUCGCAAAAGCUAUCAAGAACCCAGUUGAGUUGGAUGGGUUAAAAAAGGCACACAUUAGGGAUGGUGCAGCUGUUGUGCAAUAUCUUUUCUGGCUGGAUAAGCAGAUGCAAGAAAUUUAUGGAGCUUCUGGUUACUUCAUGGAGGCGAAGAGUACGAACAAGAAAAAACAUCCGGAAAUGAUGAAGCUGACAGAAGUGUCUGCAAGUGAUAAGCUAGAGGGCUUCCGUGCAUCAAAAGAGCAUUUCAGAGGGUUGAGUUUUCCUACUAUCUCAUCUGUUGGUCCCAAUGCGGCAAUUAUCCAUUAUGAACCAGAUCCGAAAACAGGUUCAGAACUUGAUGCAGAUAGCAUUUAUCUAUUUGAUUCUGGAGCACAGUAUCUAGAUGGAACGACUGAUAUAACACGGGCAGUUCAUUUUGGAAAACCUACAGCGCAUGAGAAAGCAUGUUAUACUGUGGUUCUCAAGGGUCACAUUGCAUUAGGGAAUGCUUGCUUUCCAAAUGGAACCAAUGGGCAUGCUCUUGACAUUCUUGCUCGAAUUCCUUUGUGGAAGGAUGGACUUGAUUAUCGACAUGGUACUGGUCAUGGAAUUGGCUCUUACUUAAAUGUUCAUGAGGGACCUCAUUUAAUUAGUUUCCGACCACAUGCUAGGAAUGUCCCAAUACAAACUUCAAUGACUGUAACAGAUGAACCCGGCUAUUACGAGGAUGGGAAAUUCGGUAUUCGAUUGGGGAACGUGCUGGCAGUCAUUGAGGCUGGUACAAAGUUUAAUUUUGGGGACAAGGGUUACUUAUCAUUUGAGCACAUAACAUGGGCACCAUACCAGCAAAAGCUGAUUGAUUUGAGCCUUUUAAUGCCAGAAGAAGUAGAUUGGUUGAACAGCUACCAUUCCAAAUGUAGGGAUGUUUUGAAGAAAGCUACUGAACUGAUAUGUGCUUGAGUGGUUCUCUGUGUUCUCAAGAGUUAAAAACCAAAAACCGCCAACCCACCACUCUCUCUUCUCGCACUUUCUACAGUUCCCAACUUCCCAAGUACCUGCAUAUUGAGUUAUUAGCCCCAAUUUUUUUAUUUUUAUUUUUCAUUUAUUGGACAUAAGUUAGCUUGGGCAUCAUUGGUUGGUUCAUUAUACUUGAGGUAUUUGUUUCUUUUUCUGUCCUUAUUUUUUAAAAUUUAAUUUAAUUUUUUUAUAUUUUUA